GAGUCAAGUGACAAUGUACUAGUAUGGUACAGUAUGUUGUAUGGAUGGUGCGGUGAUCUAGCCAUCACGCCUCACGUCAUCUCGCAUCAGGAUCUGGAUUCAGAUGGUUGUCACAUUGGCCUUUCUCCGGAUUGGCGGCACAUGUAUCCUCAUCGUCAGGAAUCCUAGUACAGCACUAGCUAGCUAGUACUCGCAAGAUGUGUCUGACGACUUUUGCAUCAUGGAUGUUUCUGGCACUGUGUCGUUGUGAAGGGACCUACAGUGUUCCCAGCACUGAAGCAAGCGGAAGCGGCAACGAAAUCCAAGAAUUGGACUGCCUGAUGAACAGGACAAUGUCUUGCUGUAGAUUAGACUGGCUGUACCGGUGCUUCCGUGCCAAGGUAAUAACUGGCUAGGAAGAUGCAUUUAUUGCAAAAGCACGGGAGUCCUGUUGGCUGCUUCUGGACAGAAUGAUGACCCCCAGAGAGUCUAGUGCAAAAGUUGCUAUCUAGAUACUCUGUCAGGUGGCACAGCUACAUGUACAUUAUAACAUAGCAACCGUCUUCCCCUGUGUCGGGCAAGCUUGAUGGCGGCUAAGCUUCUGGCUCCUCCUCUGCAAAGUCAGCAAGAUUCAGUGGCAACUGUCCACGCGAGCGAUCCAUGCGCCUUCUUCUCUGCUGUUGGGAAGAGCUCGGUCUGGCAAAGGUUGGAUCCAGGAAGCUCACUGGCUUGGGUUGAUUCCAUUCCCGGCUAUAUUGUUCAUUGGCCUCGUGGAGGGCUAGGCGUAGGAGGUCCAAGGCUGAAUCCACCAAUAAAGCAAAGAUGCUGCAUGUGUCGAGGCCUUACCGAGUAGGAGAGCAAUCCAGACAAGGCUGGCUGAAACAGAUGAUUGCGCGGAGGUGGAAGGAGCAAGCCCAAGCCACUUGAAGGCCAAGUUUGGUCAACCGAGGAAGGAGCCCGUGGGAAGUGAACUGGCUUCCUGAUGAAUCAAUCAUUCUAUUUACCAAUGCACAGCAGCCCAAAGCCAAUCAGUCAGCCACCUGGCCUUCUGGCUGUCCGUCCAAGAAGAGCACAGGAUGGGCUGGAUAGAAGAACAAAGCAAAGGCCAAGCGCAAGCUGUGAGACGUGCGCGCUUAGUCGAUUUCUAAGCCAGUUAAGCGGCUUAAAACCAACUCGACUGCUCCAAAAUCAGCUUCGGCGAAAGAAGACCGCCAAAACCAAUUUUCGCGAUGGUCCGCUUUUUCUCUGACUCCCCCUCCUUCUUCCACCCGAACGAGCUACUACACUGUAGCAAGCAAGCUAAAACCGUACUGCGAAUUAGUAAGAGUCCAGUUCACCAACAAUACUAGCCCAAUCUAGCUUAGUAAGAGCCCAGUUCAGUUAGUAAGAGCCCAGUUCAGUUAGUUUGACCAUGCUUCUGAGCCGCCGCAACAGCAGCAACAUGGACCGACCGGACAAUCUUUCGACAGCUGCCUCGAGUGACACGGGAAGCAUCGCGAGUGGUAGCAGCACACCAGUCACACCUCGUUCCAACAAAUGGACAUUGAGUGGCAGCAUGAAGAAACGAGCGUCUUGGAUCAAUCGAGACAGCAACAAGAAUACUAAUAGCCCUACCAAUUCAUCCAAUAUUGUGGAACAAGAAGAACCCAACGAACAGGAGAAAAACAUUCUCAACACGAUGCAACGGAAUCAUGAACAACACAUUCAAGAGCUGCUGUCGCAACUGGCGGACUACGAAGGUCGAGAUUUGGAACAAUCGGAACAUUUGCAACUAUUGAUUGGUCAGAUUGAAGACAUGUCGGCACAGCUCGAUGCUCGAGAACAGGAACUCUCCCAAGAACGAGAGGCCCAUCACAAGGCACAAUUGGAAAUGGAAGAAUUGGCCGAUUUGUGUCUCAAAUCCGAUGAACAGCAACAACUGUUACAGGAAGAGAAUGAUAAAUUGAGACUGGAUUUGGAGGGUCAACAAUCAUCAUUUCAACAACAAAAUCCACAAGAGGAAUCCAAGGAGACAUCCGAGGAGGCCACAAACGACAACGACAAAGACAGCAGCGAGGAAAAGGAGCAAGGGGUCGUCAUGGGGCAAAUGAUGGAAAUGUCCGUGCAGAUUGAAGACUUGUCGGCACAGCUGGUGGCCAAAGAUGUGGAACUUACUCGAGAGCGAUCUUUCAAUCGAAAGACACAAAGGGAAGUGGAGGAAAUGACAGAGUUGUUUACCAAAGCCGAGGAACAGCAGAAACAAUUGGAACAAGAGAAUGAGCAACUGGUGGCCGAAGUGGAACAACUCAAGCAGCAAGAAUCCGAGUUCAAAAAUGAAAAUGAGAAUACUGGCCCAGCACCAGCAGUGGAUGAUGCCAAGCUCCAGGAGCUGGAAGAGCAGUUGGUAUUGGCACAGCAAGAUCAUCAGUCAGCCAUGAAGGAACACGACAGCAAAUUGGCACAAGCGCGGGAAGAUCAUGCCAAAGAUAUCGAAGCGGCUGAAGCCAGGCACGCAGAGGAACUCAAGUCACUGCAACAAGAAGUGGAAGCAUUAAAGCAACAGCAACUUGAACAACAAGCAGCUUCCAACAACGAUACUGCUGACGCGGACAGUGAGCAUGCGCUCAUUAUUCAAACACUGCAACAAGAACUUCAGAAAUUACGGGAAGGACAUGCCCAAGAAAUGGACGAAAUAUUGGCGCAACUCGAUCUUGUAGAAGAGGAACAUGGACAACAGCUCGAUCAAACCAAGCAGGAAUCACACGUUAUGGUCACGGCGCUGACUACGGAAGUCACCACCAAAACACAACAAUGGCAGAACAUGCAAGAUCAGCUAAUGCAAAGUCAACAUCAGGAGCAGUCACUGGCACAGGAACUGGAACACACACGGAAUCAGUUGCAACAGGUGGCCACCGAUCUGCAAACUCUGCAACAGGAUUUUAAUACCAACCUUGAAUCGGCCCGACAACAAGCCGCUGAUCAAGCGCGACAAGAAACCAUUGAACAGGCGGAAUUGCAGUUUGACAAUGCCAAUCAAAUGUACAUGCAACUCAAAGAAAGCUACACGGAUUUGGCAGAACAAAAGGCCAUCAUUGACGAGGAAUUGGAGCAUACGCAACGGGAUUUGGAAGAAUUGCAACAUGUUACACAAGAGCAACAACAGGGAUUUCAAGCACAGCUAGAACAGCUGCAACAGGAUUUUGACCAAGUCCAGGGGAUUGCCGCGCAAGACAAGCAUCAUUUCCAAGUAGAAUUGGAACGAUUUCAACAGGUCCACGAUGGACUUGUUGAACAACUACACCAAGCCCAAGAGUCGCAUAACAUGCUGGAGAAGACAUUGGCUAUGCUGGUCAUGGAAAAGGAGUCCUUGUCGAAGGAAAAUACGGAACUCAAAGGAGUUUGCGAAGAAACCAUGGCAUUGUUGGAAACCUACCAAGCCGGGGCGAACUAACGUAACGGGCUGGCUCUACCGGUAGCUGGCUUGCCACGAACAUACAAGAUCAGGGUUUGAAGGAAACCACUACUAACAACAAAACAGAAACAAACGAGGAAGAGACCAGAAAGUACACUACAACCACAAACUUAGUUGUGGCAUCCUUGCAAAUUCCACCAGAAAGGCUGCAGGUUUCAACGAAUUGGACGUUCAGCGACAAUACUGGUAGCCGCAACCAACAGGAUCCACUUCACUAAGGGGAAAUCCACAAACCUACUUCCUAGAUCCCUACUCCAGACCCCCCUUUACACUUGCUAGCUAGUGUUGGUGUUUUGUUUGCUUGCUGGAGAAUGCAACAUUUCGGAUGACCAACAAACACCCAUAAACUAAACUAGACCUAGCUUGCUUAUCCGU